UUGGAGUUUUACUAUCGAAUUUUUGCUGUGUGUGUUAAUAUCCUGCAGCUCCCAGGGCGUAGGACUAAAAUUAAAGGCAAAACCUACGAAAAUUGGUGCAAACCAAUGGCCAAAUAGAUCCAGAGCAGGGUAAACCACGAAAUUAGUGUGUAAAUGGAGGCCAAUUGAGUCGAAUUGAAUUUUUCGCUCUGCCAAAACCGAGAGUGUGUCACCCAUUUCUUUGUGCUUCAGUUUUUCCGGGGGACAGACAAAGAAAGUAAAGAAAGUUGUGCAACUUAAAGGGAAAUAUACAUUAUAAUCAACGAGUUACGGUGCACAGAAAAUAUAUAAUUCACCGCUGCAUAAUGAAAGGCGUAGUAUUAGCUGCAUCCCUUUCCCUCCCCCCACAACGCCCUAAAGUAGGCAAAGUGCAAGUAAACACGCACACAGAUACAACCGUUGGAAAAUCGAUAAUCCGUACGUGUGUGUGCGCGUAAAAGUGUGAGUGAGACAAAUGCCGGUGUGUUCUAUCGGACAAGUGACACGAUAACAACAACAAGCUGGCUUGAAGGAGUGCGUAGGUGCGAGCAGGACAGCAGACGCGAACAGCAGGAUAAGUGUAAACAAAGCACAAAAAGCACUACAAAACAACAACGAAGCAACUAUUAUAAAUCAUAAAUAAAAUAGCCCCCCUAAAGCUCAAUCAUUAUUCGCAACAUUAUACGCGGCCAAAGGAAUUACUACACGAAUGCCAAUCAGCUUUUUCUGAGCAAAAUGCAGACGCUGCGCAAGAAAACGAGUCCUUGUAAAUAUCGCAAUGAUCCGGGACGCUUUUUCGGCGAUGGCGUCCAGUUCAAGGCAAAGCUCAUCGGCAUUCUGGAGGUGGGCGAGGCUCGGGGAGAUCGGAUGUGCCAGGAGGCGCUGCAGGACCUCAAGAUGGCCAUUCGAGCGGCUGGAGAGCAUAAACAGCGGAUAACGAUCCAUGUGACCAUCGAUGGGUUGCGGUUGAGGGAUGAGAAAACGGGUGAUUCCCUGUACCAUCAUCCGGUGCACAAGAUCUCCUUCAUCGCCCAGGAUAUGACAGAUUCGAGGGCCUUUGGAUAUAUCUUUGGAUCGCCGGACAGUGGCCAUCGGUUCUUCGGCAUCAAGACGGACAAGGCGGCCAGCCAGGUGGUGCUGGCCAUGCGCGAUCUCUUCCAGGUGGUCUUCGAGCUAAAGAAGAAGGAGAUCGAGAUGGCGCGCCAGCAGAUCCAGGGCAAGUCCCUGCACGACCACGCCAGCCAGCUGGCCUCCCUGUCCUCGCUGAAGGCCGCCGGCCUGGGUGGCAUGGCCUUGGGUCACUCGGACUUGGCCAGUGGAGGAAUUUCCUCUGGUCACGCCCUCACCCUGCUGGGCAGUAGCCUCAGCGCCUCGAAUGGAACAAGCAGGCUGGGUGUUAAUCUGGAUGUUGCAAAGGCAUCAGGAUCAGCGGCUAAGGAGAUCUCUCCCGAAUCCGUGGCUGAUCUGGUGGAUCUAGAGCAAGAGCUUACCUCACUGCAGAGGGGAAUCAGUCAGAUGGAGAGAAUUACGCCAAAUGAGCCCACAACUUUGGCCUCCAGCGGUGGUGGUGCUGGCCAACCCUCAUUGGCGAAAUCCGCCAGCGAGGAUGAUCCCUUCGGAGACUCGUUCAUCUAUGUGCCCUCCUACAGCAUCCUGCCACCGCCUCCAGAUUCUGGACGCAACAGGCACAAGCCGCCUAGCAAAGCACCAGAGGCCGUGGCCGGUUUGGAUGCAAUGCUCUCGCCACCUCCAGGCGCUAGUAGCUCUCAAUCUCCGGCCAUCGCAACACUCCAGGCGGCGGCGGAUAACGACGAUGACAACUGGCUGCAGGAACUGGACCAACAGCCUGAUGUCUUCGAUACUACCAAAGUGGUGGGCACUAGUGGAUUGGGAUCGGUGUUGGCCAUGGCUCCGUUGGCCUCUAGUGAAUCGACGGCCACGCCCACAAAACAACUGACGGAGGUCGCUGCAGGAUCCGGACCUCUAGCUGAUCUGGAUAUGGGUUUGGGUUCGGUUGCAGGAAAUGAGGAUCUGGCCUCGGCCAUUUUGUCUUUGGAUGCGUUCACGGAUCUGGAUCCGCUGGGCACGGGACGCACCAGGCCGUAUGUUGAUAAGAAAUACUUCUUCCAAGAGCUCAAGAAUCCUCCGAAGAAGCUGCUCAAGGAGCUCAGCUCCGGCAGUCAGGCGGGUCUCGGCUUGGGUCUCUCCCUGGGCCAGUCGGAUGGCCUCUUUCCGGAGGAUAGCACCACCAUCUCCACCACCACUACCACAGCUACUAACAUCACCGCAGGAAAUCCGCUCCAGAACUCGGCUAACACACUAACCACCACCGCUAGCACCGCCGCCAGUCUGGGCCAGCUCCUGUCCACGAUGGCUUCCAAUACCAAUACCAGUACCAAUACCUAUCCCGAUCCCCUGACCGCUCCCGCUCCCCCAUCCAUUUCCAUGUCCACAACAACCAUUUCCCAUUCGAUCACCCCGAGCGCUGAGCUAAAACUGUUGCUUGGCCAUGUCACUAAUCCGCCUAAUCCCACCGGCCACUAUUAUACCACAGAACCGCCCACGCUGACCUCGCUGGAGGAUACCCAUCCGCCGGCGGAUCCUGUGCUGCUGCCCAGGGACACGGAUCCGUUCUCGCCCACGCGCAAGAAGAGCGAUCCAGAUCCCUUUCAGGAGGGCGAUCUCUUUGCCAAGCUGGAUGCCUUCGAGUUUGAGGCUCCGCCGGCGGUUCCAGCUCCCACGAUCCCCAAUUUGGCGCCGGAACCAAAAGCGAAUGUAUUCAAUGGACCACUGCAGGUGCAGUUGCCACCGGAAAAGGAGUUGCAGCUUCAACAGCCGCCAAGUACGGUAAGGAAUCGUCCCACGGCAUCGGUUUCCGCCCUGCCAAGUGGCGGUGCCCUGGAUGUGAUCUCCAGCAUUAGCAACAAGAAGAUGCCGCAUCUCUUUGGCCAGGCCAGAGCAUUUGGCAAAUCCGGAUCGGACAUUGGUUCGAGUGUCAAUAUGCGGCGAUUGCAGGAGAGCGAUUCGCUGAGCGAGACAGAGGCUGCUCCGGAGCCACCACCACGUCCAGACUCCACUCCGUACUCGGAGCCACCGCCCCUGCCGCCCAAGAAGCAGUUUAGCGACCUGGUCAUCCGACCCUCGCCCGCAAAUCCCACACCACCGCCCACUGCCGGACGGUAUGAGUAUUUGAACAGUAGCGUCACGGCGCGCAGGACUCUUUCGUCGGCUGAUGCACCACCCAUUCCAUUGCCAUCGCGUCGUGUGGGUCGUUCUGAUGGCUGUUUUCCGGGACCGGGAAGGCCAAGAAAACCGGGACACACCGAGGAUGACUAUUUGGCGCCGCUGGGAGCUCCGCCGCCAUUGCUGCCGCCACCCAGUCAAGGAUCUUCGGCUCGGGCGCGACCCCAACGGCAGACUUCUUUGGGGCGGGCGCAGGAUAUCUACGAAAACAAGGCGGAGAUCCUGCAGGUUCAGGCGCAGGAAGUGUCGUCCACUACCAAUACCCUGGCUCCCGACAUCACAUUAACCCAACUGCUCACCCUUGGAAUGGAUGACCUGGCCAUUAAGUUGAACGUUCCGGCCAGCAAGCUAAGCACCAUGACGCUGGUUCAGUUGACAGCCUAUCUAUCUGCGUAUUUGUCCAGUGAAAAGAGCCACACUCACAGCCAAGAGAGGAGGUCCUCGCCAGCCAAUCCAGCCAAUCCUGCCCCAGCCUCUACAGCGGCUGUGUUCAAGGUGAACUUUGAUCAGCAGACCUCCUUUGUGGCAAAGUUUGAUGAUACGUUCGGCGAGGAUGAGUUGGUGAUGCCUGCGGCUACCUUAGAUUCCACUUUUGUGGCCAAUUUCGCCAACUUUAAUGAGGCCCCCACUCCGAUGGCCAUGUCAGCAGUGUCGCCAGUGGUUGCCACAGUGCCAUCUGCGGACCGAUAUGCCGUCUUCCGCGAGAUCAUCGAUCAGGAGCUGCAGCAGCAACAGCAGGAAACCGAUUUGAUGGGCGACUUGACACCACCGCCAGUGGACGAAACGCAGGCCAAAGAAAUGACAGAGGGUUUGGAGGCGAACCUCGUGGGCGCAGAGCUACCAAUUGAUGCCUUGGAGGUGAAACCAGCUCCCAAAAUCGACACCAAGAUCACCGAAGUGGUGGCCCAGGCCAAGGAUCGUUAUGCAGCUCUAAGGGACAUCAUUCUAGUGGAGAAUCUCUUCGAUAAGCCAGCGAUUUCAACGGCUACUCAGCCGGAGAAGGAGAAGGAAAAGGAUCUGCUGCAGGACUUUCCAGAGUUCAGCGAUGAGUUUAACGAGGAUCAUGAUCUCCGUCAGAUAAUGGAUCAUCAGGAUGUGCAGCCGCAUCCCCGUGAUCGCCAUGGUCUGGUCGACAGUCGGGGUUUCCCAACAGAGCCAUCAUCGUCCGCAUUGACAGUGGGCGAUGAUGACGAGGACGAGGAUGCAGAUGCCGGUGGUGAGAGCAGCCUGGAUAGCAACGAAAAGGAUGCGGAACCUGUUAGCGGACAGGAUCAGUACGAGAAGCUGUCCACUUCCACGCAACAACUGGAUGCAGCUGCCCCAGUUCUGGACGAUGUGCAUCAGCAGCAAUCGCUGGCUCCCAAACAGGAUCAGAAAUUCCUUUCCGUACUCACGGCGCCCGGCGGCGGAACCAAGGAUGACAUCGAGAUCGAUGAGCUUAUGCAUCGGGCCAUUUCCAAUCUCUCCCUGGACUCAAGGGAUCGAAUUUCGCCAGCCAACUCCUCGGCAGCUCCGUCGAGGGGAGCUCCCAGCCUGCACACGCCCUCUCAGUUCAACGAUGUCAGUACCUCGCCCAUUCCGCUCCAGAAACCCGUGAUGGGGCCAUCGCCAGUGCCCUCGCAGCUUUCGGCGGUGUCCCAACUCAUCGAUACCGCCACCAAGCAGAUGAUGGGCGACAAGGAGCGGGAGAAGCAAUCGUGGGCCACUUUCGACUCGCCCAAGGCAAAGGGUAAAGCACGACUAACGCUUCCCCCACCACCGCCGCCUGCGUCCAACACUUCGCAACCGGAUACGGUGGAAUCUCCAUGCAGCUCGGAUCCCCGGGACGACGGCUGGUCCAAGCAACAACGUCGCUGGGCGAAGAAGGAGCGCCAGCAGACGUCAUCAUCCUCCCGCGACCUGAGUCCCUGGGACGAUGAGACGCCCGAGUAUCUCAAGCGGCGGCAGUUAGCGGCCGCUCAAAUGGCACAUCCUCACCAGCCACAAUUGCAGCCACAGCCGCAGCACACGGAUCGACAUGGCUAUUAUAUGCGACACGCCAGGCGGAUGAACUCAUGUGACGAGGAUUACGACUAUGACGCUGAGUUCAUGGCACGUCGGGAUCAGCAGCAGCAACAGCAACAUCAGCAACGGAAGUUCAAGCAUGGUCUCUCCCGCAGCAGGGAUAACUUUGAACUUGAUUCACCCAGUUGGUACCAUCACCCGGCGCAUCACACCUGGUCGCCGCAGGAGAUCGAACAGGCGCGGGCCCGGUCUUUCGAGCGUGCUGCCUACGAGCGAUCCAGCUAUGGGCCACCACCGCCCAUCUACGACAAGCGUGGCCAACUGAGGAGCAAGUAUCGCGGAGAUCACAGGGACAGGGAUCGCGAACGCGAUCGCGAUCGGGAGUACCGAGACUACGCCCGUCCCAGCUACGACUUUGACUUCGAAAAUGUGUACGAGGAGCGUGGAGGACGAUCACCCAUGGCCUACAAGCCGGGAAGGGGCGGUGCUGAUUACUUGUACGACAGAGAACGGGACAGAGAUCGGGAUCGCGAACGUAAAUCCUUCGACCGGGAAAGUCUCGAGUCGUAUGAGAGUGCCACCCGGCGACGACGUAGUUUCGGCAGUGGCAACGAUGUCUAUGGCAGCCUGGACAGUCGCGAUGAUUACCGUGGCGAAAGGGAGCGGGAUCGGGAUCGGGAACGGGAUCGCGAACAGAUGAAGACCCGCUCCCUGCGAAAGCCCACAACGACGUCUGGAAAGCUUAGGAUCAGUGGCGACAUCGAUUACGAGCAGGACUCGGAGCUGGAUUUCCAGCAGCGAUCGGGUGUCCGCAGUCUGCAGCGACCGAGUCAGCUGGGCGGGGAUGUGGUGCUGCCCUCCAGUGCGGUCGUCGGCCCACAGAGAUUGCGCAAGAGCAGCGGCUCCAGUCCCUGGGAUGGCGAGGAGCCCGCCUUGCCAGGCCAGAAAUCUUGGAAGCGUCCAGCCAGCGCCGCCGAGACCGAAAGACGUUUGGCUGAGAGUCGUCGAGCUGCAGCUUUGGGUCAAACACCCUCGGAUGGCGAGAAAGAGCGAAGAUUCCGCAAGAAGACCCGUGCACGCAGUGCCAAGGAUUUGGCCACAGUGGGUGUGCCCAGCGUCGCCACCACCGCCCCUAACAGAUCGGGCUAUGGGCGUGGCAUCCGGGAUAACUACGACUAUAUGUGUCCAGGCCAGCGCAAUGAUGACGACGACGACGACGACGAUGAUGAUGAUGAGGACUAUGUGGACGAUGAGCCGCCAACAGAUGAGGAUAAAUUCGAGAGAUUGAAUCGUCGGCGGCAUGAAAUGCACCAGCGUAUGCUGGAGUCCGAGCGUCGGCAAAUGGAACGCCAUCAGCCACCAUCGCUGGCGAAGCUUCCUGGCCAGAAUCGCAACCGUGGCGUGGUGGUGAACAGUGACUAUGGUUUUGUGGACAGUUAUGAGCAGACGCCAACGCCCACACCGCGUUCAAAUGCCAGCAGCACCGGACCCGGUGGCCUGAUGAUGAGCGGCGGCGAAUCGUCCGCCGGAGUGACUAGUUCCAAGUUCAAUUUCGAUGACGGUUUUGAGUCGGACUUCAAUCAAAGUUCACCGCCUCCGGCGCCGGCAGGCACCGCCUCCAGUUGUAAUUCAACGCCAGCGGGACCAGUUUCGGCAAGUGCAAACAAUGGUGGAUCGAAGAGCCUGUUUCGCUUCUCCAAUGAUUUCUCGGAUCGCGAGAAGCGGGAGCAGUUUGAGGUGGAAACACCGCCGACAUCAACGCCACCAAUUACGCAGAAACUGCGUUUCGAUGACAACGUGAAGGUGUCCCAAUUCGAUGAUGCUGCCUUUGAGGAUGACUUUGCCAAGGCAUCGUUUGACUUUGAGAAGGAACAAGCGGGUCCAGGCACAGCUGCUGGAGCUGGAGGAUCGGGUGCCAUGAGCAGGAAGCAGAAUAUGCGAACCAACAAGCUGCAGCAGCGUCAGGAACUGAUCAAGAAAUCCGAGUCGGUAAACAUAUUCGCCAAGAAGCAAGAGGAUCCCUUCGAGGACGACGAGUUCUUUAAGUCACCGGACCAGGAGCUGGCAUCCGAUCAGCACAACGACGAUGCAGAGGCCGGAAAAUUUCAGUGGAGCGAGGACGCGAACUUUGCCAAGUUCGAUGAAAACAUGUGAUUUGACCAACUCUUUGCCAAGGCAUCGGGGCAGCGACCGGAGCCGGAUGUCGAUGGCCACAACUAUGCGGAGAUCGAUGUGGUCAACGACACGGACCUCUCCUUCCUGACCAAUCUCAAUCAUUACUACCAGCAGCAGCGAUUGCAGAGCUUACGGCAGACAUUGAACCGCCAUGU